UCCGUAAGGGAUACGCUACCGAGCGGACGCGUUAUUUUGCUUACGAAACAUACAUUGAAUUUCACGGGUUCUCCUAGUUCGGUGUCAUCUUGCCAAUAGCGAUUAAAUCCGGGAUCUUCUUUUUUCCUUUUUAAAGACUCAAAGAGUCUUAUUGUGGAUAUCAAGUUUAAGCCUCAUUCAUUCACCAGGUCAUGGCCGGAUAUAUAGGCGCAAAGCCAGUAUAGUGCCAAACACAACUUAACUUAACUUAACUUAGCUACGCCAUUGUAAACCAAUCAUAACAGCAGGUCAUCAUCAAAUGGUUAUCAUCCUCUAAAAAAAACAUAACUAUAUAGUGUUAAAAAUUCUUAAUUGUCAACAUCAGGAAAUAUUUUACUCAUUUUUUUCAAGUCCAUUAUAAAUGAUCAAUUAUAUUAGUAUAAAUAUUUCUAAAUUAGUGAAAAGUGAAAAAAUUCAAGUUUAGAAAAAAGAAACAAAUACGACAAAUUUUGUAAAUGUAUAUAUACCUAUAUAUAUGAAAAUAUAUAUGUAUAUAUAUAUAUUUAAAAUAAUAUUGAGAAAAUUGUGAAAGUGUGUUUUGACGUAAAUAUGUGUGGGAUGUAAAUAAAUGUUGAUAAAUGGAAAAUGGAUGCCACAUUGCAUCAAAUAAAUUGUGGAUAAUCAUUUUUCACUACUUAUUCGUACAAGAUAUUUAGAAUACUAUAUUCAUUGACUGAUGGGCGUUGUAAAAACAUAAUAAGAUGCAAUAAUGACUGCUUCAACGGCACAGAACGUUGAGGAGGAUUUAAAUGGCGAAACAGAAUCAGAGGGGAGUAGCAUUUAUCAAUGUAGUUCGGUCGUUUCAACAGUUCCAGAUCGUCAUGGUUUUUUGGGAGGAUCACAAUAUAGUCCAGAGAGAAAACAAGCAAUUUCACCUGAGGUGAUAUUGCGACGCGAACGAAAAUGGAUACGAAUGUUGAACAAUUGGAAUAUAUUUAUGAGUACAAAUUAUCGUAAAGUACGUGAAAGAUGUCGAAAAGGUAUUCCACCAUCGGUGAGACUUCGUGCCUGGCUAAAUCUUUGCGGUGGUCAAUUGCUUUUAAAUGAUAAUCCAAAUUUAUAUGAGGAAUUAAUAAAUAGACAGGGCGAUCCAAAAUAUAUUGAGGAUAUUAAAAAAGAUCUUCAUAGACAAUUUCCACAUCACGAAAUGUUUGUUGACAAUGGUCCUGGUCAAAAGGAAUUAUUUCAAGUUCUCAAGGCGUAUUCAAUUUUAAAUAGCAAAGUUGGAUAUUGUCAAGCGCAAGCGCCAAUUGCUGCUUUUUUACUGAUGCAUAUGCCUGCGGUACAAGCUUUUUGGUGUUUGGUUGCUGUUUGCGAUAAAUAUCUUGCUGGAUAUUAUAGUCAAGGCAUGGAAACAUUGCAGAGAGAUGGCGAUAUUCUUUUUGCUUUGCUCAAGAGAGUUUCUCCUGUUGCCUACAAGCAUUUGAAGAAACAAAAAAUGGAGCCAAUUUUGUAUAUGACUGAAUGGUUUCUUUGCGUUUAUACGCGCACAUUGCCAUGGGAAAGUAUUUUACGAAUAUGGGACAUGUUUUUGUGCGAGGGAGUUAAAAUUAUUUUCAAAGUUGGUCUAGUUUUAUUGAAAGGCUGCCUUGGACGAACGUCUGUAAUAAAAAAAUGUCCAACAAUGUAUGAGACCCUACAAAUUCUCAGAAAUCCACCUCCUGAAAUAAUGGAAGAGGAAGUAUUAGUCUAUGAGAUCCAAAAAUUAAAUAUCACUGAAGAAGAUUUUGAGUACGAGCAUCAGAAGCAAAUUCUUAAAAAGAAAAAUAAAGAACGUAAAAACGCUUCUUUAAAGAAAAAGGACUGAAUUUAUAAAGCUAACUAGUUUAUAAAGCAAAAAAAAAAAAAAAAAAGAAAAAAAUACCGUCACACAAAAAAUGUGCCUUUCCUUGAAUGUCGUCUUUUUUUUGUUUGACAAAUAUAAAUACAUAGAAUUUCGAUGAUUUUUUUUUUCUUGUGAAAACAUCGCGAUUAUUAAUUUUAAGAGAAAGAUGACACUAAACUUUUCUGGUGACAAAAAUGAGAGAAAAAAAAGAACUUGUUUCAAUAAAUUAAAUUUAUAUGAACAAAAAGUAAUUGAUUCGUUGCGUUUUUAAUAAUAUAUUUCCAAAGAAAUAAAAUUAAAAAAAAAGAUAUAAUUUCAAUAA